CCAAUCUUCCAGCAUUAUAUGGUGUCCAACAUCUCUUGCCCAAAGCAGGCUCUUCUUAGACUCUACAGCACAUCUCAAAAAUUACACGUUGGGAGAAUCACUUGCCAAUCUCAGCAGCCUUCUGCUGCCCCCAGGGAAACAGAAGUGAAGAGAAAGUUAGAGAUGAGAGAAGACUUUCACUUCUCAAAUGACAUCAGCCCAGUCAAGGGAGGGUUUUUACUCAUGCAUGGCUGACUCCACCUGGUCUCCACAAGCUUCUGCUUACUGGAACCAGUGGCGACGAAACCCCUUUUCAGCAGAGACCAAGUGACUUCCCUCCAAAGUACCAUAAGUCACUCUCGGGUGCCACGAGAGCAGUGACCCGGGUUCUCCCAUCCCCAGGAUGUCUCAGGAUGUGACUUACGCGGACCUGAGAUUCGGGAAGGUUCCUCUGGAGAAGAUCCAGCAGCAAGGUACUUUCUGUCUGUCCAAACCUCCCAACGGCUUUGCAGCUUUUUCAAUACUACGGCAAAGUUUACUGCUCAUUCCCGUCUCCUUUUCCAGAGACAACUGGCCAAGGCGUCAAACCUACUACGCAGCUGUGGCCCUCCUGGCCGUCUCCCUCUUCUUCUUUGCCACCACUGUUGGAUUCGCAGUCGGUUACUGGCAGGUCUCCCGGCAGUUCGGCGAGGCUUCCCAAGCCCACGCCGCAAACAGCAGCGCCCUGGCCCAGAGGAUCAGAACCAAGGAAGAGAGCCUGGCUCAAGCCCGGGAGAUGCUACGAGAAGCCAAGGCGGGACUCGAACACGCCAGGGAAGAGCUGAGGCGAGCAGAGUGCAACCUGACCCUCCUGCGUCAGGACCAGGGCAGACUGGAAGAGAAGAACCGGGAGAUGGAGACCAAUCUGACGCACGCCAGAUCUUGCCAGCAGAUCGGCUGCUGCCCCCCUCAGUGGAAGCUCUUCCGAUGGAAAUGCCUGUGGAUUUCAGCGGAAAAGAGGACUUGGGAAGAAAGCAAGACUGACUGUGCGAAGAACGAAUCCCUGCUGCUUAUUUUGAGAGGUCCCUGGAGUGCUGAGGAGCUGCAGCGUUCCCAAGUCUUAAUGAACUCUCUGCGUUCAACGUCAUUUUGGAUUGGGCUGCAAGGAAUAAGGAGAUGGGUGGAUAACUCACUCUAUUCAGGGUAA